CCCUGGGCUGCUUCUGCAGGCGUGGUGGACUCUCAAAGACACAUACUAUCCUUCGGCUCUGUUCUUCUCUCGUCGCCAACCCGGGUAUCGUCGUUUGCAAAAUACGGGAUGAUGUGGUUCAUAGGUCUUCGCUUGCUCGUCCUGGAGACGGAUGCCUGCGUUGCCUUUAUGGAGAACUCAUCUCCUUUGGUUUUGGUCUGGUUCGUCGACAUCGGUCGACAUCGCAUUCGACAAUACCCGGUCGCGCGGCCGUCUGGUGACUCCUGGCAGGUCAACCCCAGUGGCACCACCCGUUCUCUGUGUCGUCUCACUAGUGUUGGCUUGUGCACGGCCGACAGAGAUGACGCAGAGAUCCGGCUUUCCCAAGUCUCACGCGCUACACCCUAUCCACGUCUCGGGUUCGUCUUGGUCUUCUCUCCCCGGUACUCGGUUUGUGGCUUCUCUACCUCGGUUCGUUCUGUCUCUGGCUUCGUUUCAUCGUCUGUUCCCUUCUCCGGUCUGUCAUCAUCUGGUCACCACCUUGGUUUACCUCUUUGGGUCAUCUGUUCACCCAACUCUCUCUGUCUCCAAUCUGGGUCUCGUCUUGUCCGACUUCGCCGUUCCUCACACCAGCCUUGCAACGGAGGCAUCGCGAUCGGAGCCCCUCAAGUCCGAGUCCUCCAUCUCUGCGCCAGUAUAUCGCUCCUGCCUCCCCCCGGAAUUCAUUCGCCGGUCAUUGCCUCGACUUCACCGCCUCAAGGACUUUGCACUCUGCCUGUCGUUCCCAAGAAUUUACGUUCCCAGCCUGAUCAUCCAGCCUGUGUCUCGGUCUGCCUUAUCCAUACUUCUCGCCUCUGGAUCCUUAGCCGCGACUGCUCAUCUGCCUCGACUCAAGCCCGCGUCCCUGCCUCUGCCUGCCUCUUCCGGAAUACGCCCCAGUCCUGCAUUCUGCCUCACCUCGGUCGUGCCUCUCCCGCAUUCUCCUCUCAUACUUGCCCACAGUCUCCUAGUGGCUGUCUCGUUCUGGCCUAGUUUUCGUCAUUCUGGUCUCAGUCGGCUUUGUUCUUCGCCCUCCCCCGCAAGUCGCCCAUCGCAGCUCGAGUCGCACAUGCUGUCAUCUCCGUUUUGCAUCGUUUCGCCUCCCCUGUCAGGCUGCUUUAUUACCGUGCAGAAUCGUUUCCACUUCGAAGUCGUCUUGCUGUUGCUGCGAUCCCAUCUGCCUCAAGCACGGUUGUUACCAGCCGCUCACGCCUUCGUCUGUAUCAACUCCAUGUCGCCGCGCUCUUCGUCGUUUCGCUGCAUCGCCACAGCUUCCUCCGCUCUGGAUCCCGGUUCGCCUCCUUCGCUCGACUCUCACCUCGACCGAUACCACGCUGUACCCUUCCUGUACAUUCUAUCUCCGGCGCUGCGGCUCACUGCCCUCGACAACAGUGGCCUCGUUUCACGAUUGACGCGCCUCGGCCCCCAUCUUCUCGCCUUUCGAUCGGUCUAUGCCUUCCCGGUCGCAACGCGUUCGGCCCACUCGACUGUCAAAACGGCUUCCCUAGUUUCCCUUGGUCUUCCCGGACUUUGUCUCUUGUGCCCCGAACGCCUCUAUCAUACUGUACCAUACGUAAUUCGGUCUCGCCUAAGGACAGGAGCUGCAUCCCAACGCUGGACGCGGUGUUGUAAUGCAGUUUCUGCCCUAUGUGGAUAGUUACACCGUCUCACACCGUCUCGCAUACUCCUUA